AUGGGUUGGGGGACAGGGGCCUUGCUGACAACUGUAUGUGCAUCUGUACCGGUAGUGGUGUUAGCAGUAGGGCGGGGCUCUAGUAUAGGAUUGUGUGCAUCCACACAUAUCUAUAUUAACGUUGAAUGUAAAUGGGCUAAUGCUUUCAGCUAUAAGGCACAGAGUGGCAAGCUGUAUAAAGAGUACAAUAUCACGACUGAGCAUAUUAAAAGGGCCAGUAAACUGUGUACCAAUGAUGGUAUAUUUAAGAAGAAAACUCUGAACAUCCAUGUUAUAUUAGAGAAGCUUUUGUUGUUAAAUGGACUUAACUCCAUUGAUUCUCCAGAAAAUGAAACUGUUGGUAACAGUUUUUCUCAGGAAGAGGAGCCAGUGGUGGCUCCUCAAGAAUCUGAUGUUCAGCCUGUUCAGCCUGAGGAAGUAUCAGGCAGAGAUUUCCUGCAGAGACUUAACUUGUGGAUUAAGUUGUCAACCCAGGCAACCAAGAAGCUAAAAGAAAAGAGCAGAGAUGAAAAAAGUCCCUAUGCAACUUCUCUCUAUAACAGUUUGGUGAUUUGGGGACAUAAUUCUCACCAAAAUUAA